AUGCGAGAAAACGUCCUCAUUCUGGAGGUCAGACAAUUUUACGACGCCUAUGCAACGUCUCCCCAUCUUCGAGGCAACGUCAAGGCUCUCGACAUCAAUGUGAUGAUUGAAGGCUCUCUCUGUCGCUGCUGUGUUAGAUACAUGUCGGAGCGCAUGACCAGGGACUUAGAGGCGAUCUUGAACAGCCAAGAGAGUGAGAACGGCCUAGCCUUCCGCGCGGACCAAUUGCGAACUUGGAAUAUGGAUGAAACAAUUGUGCAGUUCAUGUUGGCCUUGUUCCCUGGCCUUAAGAGCCUGACUCUUCAUAUUCCGAGACACUGGAGGUUUGGCGCACUUUCGACAUGGUACGACAACCAAGAAGGGCCAACACCUCGAAGAUUGUUGGAAUCACUUUGCUCCGCCAAAUUCACCUUGGAGAAGCUGGAAAACGAUACAUGCACUCCAGAUCAUCAAGACUGUAAUCACCCUGCUCCAGAGAGUCCUGUGGAACUGUUUCUUACCACCGCUGCCUCCUCCACUCUCGAAACUUUACACUGUACAGCUGGGGCUCUUUAUCUUCUUCCAGAACUACCUCGUCUCCAGGAGCUGUGUUUAGAAAUGAGAGGCUCUUGGUCGAAGCUGAAUCCUCUACUGACCAAGGCACCUGCUCUUCUGCGGUUUUCCUAUCUGUCGACUAAUGAACAUGCUCCUUUGCCUCGAGAGGUUGAGAUUGCUCUGGAACCUCAUAAAGCGACGCUAGAGGUUCUCCAAAUUGAUUUCUACUGGAAUAUUAUCAGUUCUCCAUUCGACGAGUUCCCGGAUUGGAAACCGCCCACAGACGGCCAAUAUCAAAUCACAUCUCUCCGAAGUUUCAGCAACUUAAAAUACGUCACCCUCGAAGCUGAACAUAUCUGGAACUUCAAUUCGACAGAGACAGAAUCACCAAGCGAAAGAAAUCUUUCCGACUUUCUACCCGAGUCAUUGGAGUUGCUCUGCAUCGAUUUCGAGCAAUUCGAUGAAGAAGAGCGUAUACUCUCGCUAGCUCGAUCAAUUGCGGAGGGAGGACAUGCAAAUCUAAGGACUGUACUGUGGUAUGGCACUGAGGAAUGGGAGUGUAUGUCGAUGGAUCGGAAAGAUGAUGCGCAUUGGUUGGAGAACGACUUUUGGAGGGAGCCGUUACCGUACGACUUGUACGACGGCAAGAGUGAGCGAUUCCCCGAUUGGCUUGAGAUCAUGGAUCAGCCAAAUACCGACCCUCCGUUCCCACCCGGAUUUAAGAGAUGA